AUGUCCCCUUCAGGCCCUUUCCAAGUCACUGUUCACCCCUUUGAGUCCAAGUGUCGAAGCUCGGCCGCCUAUGAAAUUGGUCUCACUUCAGCUCCUAAUGCCAUUGUCUUCAUCGGUGGGCUUACAGAUGGACCUCACACUAUUCCUUAUACCCGGCUUCUAGCCCAGCGUCUGGAGGAAACAAAGGAGCUGGGUUUCUCCGUUAUCGAAUUCCGCAUGAGGAGCUCUUUCUCGGGGUUUGGCACUUCGAGCCUCUCCAACGAUGUUGAAGACAUUUCUGCUUUGGUCAAGUAUCUACGAGGAAUUGGCAAGGAAAAGAUCGUCCUAUUUGGUUCCUCAACUGGCUGCCAGGACUGCAUCGAGUAUGCCAACUAUGCCAAGCACAACAACGAACCUGUCGAUGGCUUCGUUAUGCAAGGUCCGGUAUCGGAUCGUGAGACACUGGAUUUGAUCUUCCCGGAUCCUCAGCCGAGUCUUGAUCUCGCCGCAAAGAUGAUUUCCGAGGGCAAAGGUGGUGAUUGUAUGCCUUUUGACAUGAUUCCUGCUGUUCUGGGAGCGCCCAUUUCGGCGUAUCGGUUCCAGUCUCUGGCGAGCAAAGGCGGCGACGAUGAUUACUUCUCAUCAGACCUACCCGACGAUGUCGUUGAAAGGAACUGGGCUCGGUUCAAUAAGCCAGUGCUGGUUCUUCAUUCUGGUGAGGACGAGUUCGUACCAGAGCGCAUCGACCAGGCUGCGAGCAACAACAGAUAUAAAGCGUUGAACCCGGUUGUCAGUAGGUUAUCGGGGCUGAUUCCUGGCGCAAGCCAUACCGUUGAUCAACCCCAAGCGCAGGAGUGGCUCUCCAAGACGCUAGUCGAAUGGUUGAAAACCGAAGUCACUUCUCGUGCGGAUUGA